CAUGGUCUUUCAGUGAUUGCAGUCUGGGAUAACAUGUGUAACUUUGCCCCCUCUUGUCCUUCAUGUCAGGGUCCGUUGGGGAAAUGCAGUCACAUGGGAACCUGACAGCCAAUGACAGCGGAGGCGAGGAGAUUCCGAGUUGGGCCAAUGGCAUCUCGAGAGCGAUGGGCAUCGCCACCGCGGUGAUCUUUCUCGUGACCUUUGCCCUGGGCGUGGUGGGCAACGGCCUGGUGAUCUGGGUGGCCGUGUUCAGGAUGACAUGGUCCGUGAACCGGGUGUGGUACCUGAGCCUGGCGCUGGCCGACUUCCCGUUCACCCUCCUGCUGCCUUUGAGUGCCGCCUACGUCGCCCUGGGCACCCACUGGCCCUUCGGCCUUUUCAUGUGCCAAGUGACCAGCGGCCUGUCCGUGCUGACCAUGUUCGCCAGCAUCCUGAUGCUGGCCGCCAUUAGCGUUGACCGCUGCUCCGUGGUGCUGUUCCCGACCUGGUCUCGCAACCGGAGGGGGCCGCGCCUGGCCGCGGUGGUCAGUGCUGUGGUCUGGGUGGCGUCCGUCGCCUUCAGCGUCCCCAGCUUCGUGUACCGUGACAUCGUCGAGGAGGAUAACCACACCAUCUGCCUCACCGUUUUCACCAGCGCCGCUGAGGAACAGGCCGUUCUCAAAUCGGCGGAGGACUACGGCCAGGCCGUAGCCGCCCUUAACGCCCUCGAGGCCUCCCGUUUCCGCUCGCUCUCGACGGCCCGCAUCCUGGGAGGCCUCCUCUUCCCGCUCGUCGUCAUCGGGACCAGCUACGUUACCCUCAGCCUCCGGCUACGGCGCCACCGCCUGGUCACUCGGCCCGGAGGGAGGAAGCCCUUUCGCCUCUUGGCCGCCAUGGUGAUAGCCUUCCUGGUGUGCUGGUCUCCCUACCAUGCCCUCCUGCUAGCCGAGUUGCAGCAGCCAACCGGGGUGCCCCUGCCGUUGGCCCUGACGCUGAGUACCCCCCUUGCCUCGGGCCUCGCCGCCUUCAACAGCUGCGUCAACCCCGUUCUCUACGCCUACAUGGGCCGCGACUUCCACCGAAAUGUCUGGUGUUCGCUGCCCCGCAUCCUGGAGAAAGCCCUGGCCGAGGACUGCGUGCCGUCCGCCAGGACCCGAUCCUCCCUCCUGGGUGAAGCGGGCAGCACCUUGGUGUGAGGAAAAGCGGGCCUUGGGGAGACCCUUCGGGCCCGCCCUCUCUGCUGGCCCAUUCCGCGUGACCAUGGCCAUUUGCGUUCUUUCCUGCCAUGGCUUGAUCCCAAGAGACGCUCCCUGUACCGGCGCUGAGUAAUAGCGACAUCAAGCAACAGCACCUCCCUCCCCUCCCCCCCCCCCGUGUCCUCUCUGUCGAGACCCCCUCAGAAUCUUCCAGCGAGAAGUCAGACAUCACUGGCCCAGUCCAUGCAUUGCAGAACCUCAUUCUAGGGACCUGUGCUGUAAAUCUGUCUUCAAGGGCAAAUAUAUUCCCCCCCGCCCCAAGCCUGACAGCCUCAAAUCUGGUGAUUAGCUGCCUCACCAGAAAUCUGUGCAUUCACAACCAACUCUCUCCCCGGCAGUGAACUUAUGCCAUUAAUACCAUUCGGUCCUUCCAGCAACAUACUGUACCUGCUGCGCUCAAAGCAUGAACACACCUGGACUCCCUGAAUACCACAUAGAGUCACCACAGCAUGGAAACAAGCCCUUCCAUCCAACCAGUCCAUGCUGACCAUAAUCUCGAACUAAACUAGCCCCAUCUGCCUGCUCCUGACCCA